CACGUCACCAGAAUUAAUGCAUUGUCGACAACUCUAUAUAAAGCUCAGUUCGUACGUUUGUCCGAAACCAAAACACAAAACAAUACAACAAAAAAUGGCAUUCUUUUUCGCUUUUAUCUGCCUUUUUCUCGUUGCUUUCGUCUCCUCUCUCUUCGUUAAGAAGAUCAAACACUCGCAAUGGAAGCUUCCUUCGAGCCCUCCAAAGCUUCCGAUCAUCGGAAACCUGCAUCAGCUCGGAGGUGGAGAAUUGCCUCACAGAUCUCUUCACGAGCUCUCCAAGAAAUACGGAGCAGUGAUGCUUCUUCACUUCGGGUUUUCCCCGGUUGUCAUAAUCUCGUCGAGCGAGGCGGCUGAAGAAGUGCUUAAGACAAAUGAUUUGGAGUGUUGCAGCCGACCUAAGCUUUUGGCCGCAAGACAGCUCACCCGCAAUUUCCGUGAUAUCGCUUUCACAGAAUACGGCCCCGACUGGAAAGAAAGGCGGAAAUUGGCUGUGCGCGAAGUCUUCAGCAUGAAAAAGGUGCAGUCUUUCGGGUACAUCAGAGAGGAAGAAUGUAACGUGCUGGUCAAGAAACUAUCUGAAUCAGCUGAGAAACAAUCUCCAGUGGAUUUGAGCAAAGCCCUCUUCUCAGUCACUGCAAGUAUCAUACUAAAGAUUGCGUUUGGAGUGAAUUUCGAAGAGAGCAAGUUCAUCGAUAAGGACAGGAUCGAACAGCUCGUGCUUGAGGUCGAGACCGUUACCACCCGUCUGACUUUCUCAGACCUGUUCCCCAGCAGUGUCGGGUUGGUCAUCGACUGGUUGUCCGGGCAACUGAAGAGGCUGGAGAAGGUUAAAGUCGAAAUGGAUACCUUCUUCCAGAAAGUGAUAGAAGAUCAUUUGAAGCCUGGAAGAACAACACACGAUCACCAAGAUAUCAUUCAUGUGAUGCUGAAUACGAUUCAGAAACAAGGCAAUGAUGAUUCUCUCAGCUGGCUCUCUACUGAUCACAUCAAGGCAAUUCUCGGGAACAUAUUCAUAGCUGGAAUAGACACAAGCGCAAUCACCAUGAUAUGGGCGAUGACAGAGCUCGCAAGAAACCCAAAGCUUAUGAAGAAAGUUCAGGACGAGAUCCGAGGUUGUCUUGGAAAAAAGGAAAGAAUCACGGAAGAAGAUCUCGAUAAGGUUCACUACUUGAAGCUCGUAAUGAAGGAAACGUUCAGGUUACACCCACCAGUUCCUCUUUUACUCCCGAGAGAAACAAUGGCUCACAUCAAGAUCCAAGGUUACGAUGUCCCGCCAAAGACGCAGCUCCAGAUCAACGCUUGGGCGAUUGGACGAGAUCCUAAACUUUGGGAAAACCCUGAUGAGUUCAACCCCGAGAGGUUUAUGGAUAGCUCCAUAGAUUUCAGGGGGCAACAUUUCGAGUUAUUACAGUUUGGAUCUGGUCGGAGGAUCUGCCCGGGAAUGUCGAUGGGGAUCCCAACGGUCGAGUUAGGGCUACUAAACUUGCUGUACUUCUUCGAUUGGGAAUUUCCAGAAGGAACGACAGAGAAAGACAUUGAUGCUGAAGAAGCCGGUUCCCUCACCGUCUUGAAGAAAGUACCUCUCAAACUUGUUCCUGUUCUUCACCAUUGAUGAUGGUCCAAGAACUUGGUAUAAGUCAUCUUGUUUCGUAUAAGUUUGGAUUAUACAUAUGUGGUCCAUAUUUUGUGGUUAUGUAUCCUUUUUCAAAAAAAAUAAAUAAUUCCCAAGACAUAUGUGGUCUAUAUAUAUGUAAACAAUGAUUAUCAACCUUUUUAAUAAA